UUCAAGUUUCAACCCUUUCAACAGUUGUAUUCCAGCGGCAUUUUGCUUGUUAACUUGUUCACGCGUGUGUAUCACGUAUCAUAUACCCCUUUAUGUUUGUACGUAUUACUUUGACAUCUGAAGAUGUUAUGCUAAUGCUGAAAAUUAGAUUCCUGCUUUAGUUAAGUUCCUCCUGCAGUUUUCUUGAAUUCAUGAGCCAAUCACGUUGACAUUUUUUGGCUUUGAACCUGUGCUUUGGUGUUGAGGUUCGUUUGAUUGGGAUUUUAGCUGGAGAUGAGUGUGGUGGGGUUUGACAUUGGAAAUGAGAACUGUGUGAUAGCUGUGGCUAAAGAACGUGGGAUUGAUGUAUUGCUUAAUGAUGAGUCCAAGCGAGAAAACCCAGCAGUGGUUUCAUUUGGUGAAAAGCAGAGGUUUAUUGGCUGUGCUGGGGCUGCAUCCGCGACUAUGCACCCAAAGUCAACUAUAUCUCAGGUCAAGAGAUUGAUUGGUCGGACUUAUAGUGAACCCACUGUGCAGGAUGACCUAAGGUUGCUCCCGUUCGAGACAUCUGAGGGACCUGAUGGUGGAAUCCUGAUUCACCUGCAAUAUUUGGAUGAAAAGCAAACUUUCACCCCGAUACAAAUUUUGGCAAUGCUGCUCGCACAUUUAAAGCAAAUCACGGAAAAGAAUCUUGAGAAGCAGAUUACCAAUUGUGUAAUUGGUAUACCAUCUUACUUCACAGCUUUGCAGAGACGUGCAUAUUUGCAUGCUGCGGAGAUUGCAGGGCUGAAGCCGCUAAGGUUGAUGCACGACUGUACUGCUAUUGGGCUUGGUUAUGGCAUAUACAAGACAGAGUUCCCAAGCAAGGGUCCGGCAAAUGUUGUGUUUGUAGAUGUUGGUCACAGUGACACACAAGUUGCUAUUGUGUCAUUUGAGCCUGGGCAUAUGAAGGUAUUAUCCCAUGCUUUUGACAGCAACUUAGGUGGACGAGACUUUGAUGAGGUCUUGUUUAGGCAUUUUGCUGCUGAGUUUAGGCAACAGUACAAAAUUGAUGUUUAUUCUAGUGCCCGGGCUUCCAUAAGGCUGAGAGCAUCAUGUGAGAAACUGAAGAAGGUUUUGAGUGCUAACCCUGAGGCACCGCUCAAUAUUGAGUGCUUGAUGGAAGAGAAAGACGUCAAAGGACACAUUAAGAGAGACGAGUUUGAGAAACUGGCAUCUGCAUUACUGGAAAGGAUUAGCAUUCCAUGUCGUAAGGCUUUGCAUGAUUCUGGUCUGACUGUUGACAAGAUUCACACCGUUGAGCUUGUUGGAUCUGGUUCACGGAUACCUGCCAUUACAAAGAUUCUGACUUCACUAUUUAGGAAAGAGCCCAGCCGGACACUGAAUGCAAGUGAAUGUGUAGCUCGUGGCUGUGCCCUUCAGUGUGCAAUGCUUAGCCCCAUAUUCCGAGUGAGAGAGUAUGAGGUGCAGGACUGCUUCCCGUUCUCAAUCUCAUUUGCAUCAGAUGAAGGGCCGGUCUGCUCAUUGACAGAUGGAGUAUUGUUUCCCAAAGGCACUGCUUUUCCUAGUACGAAGAUGCUUACUUUGCACAGAAAUGAUAUAUUUCACAUGGAGGCCUUCUAUGCAAAUCAGAAAGAGUUGCCUUCUGGCGUGUCUACAAGAAUCAGCUCUUCUAAGAUUGGCCCAUUCAGGGUUUCUCAUGUGGAGAAAUCAAGGAUUAAGAUAAAAGUUCAGCUAGACCUCCAUGGAAUUGUUUCCAUAGUGUCUGCCUCGCUGGUAGAUGAUCAGGUGGAUGAUGCUACUGUAAAGAACAAUGGCGAUACCCUUUCAGAAAAUGUGGGGCCAGGCAAUCACGAAUCUUUUAUCAAGCCAAAUGGGACUUCUGGUCAUGAGAUAAGAAGGCUAAAGGCUAUAAGAAGGCAGGACAUAUUCAUUGCUGAGGACGUAUAUGGUGGAAUGACACAGGGUGAGCUCUCCCAAGCUCAAGAAAAAGAGCUUCAGUUGGCCGAGCAGGACUUAAAGGUGGAGAGGACCAAAGAGAAGAAAAAUGCACUGGAGGCUUAUGUAUAUGAAUCACGAAAUAAGCUUCUGAGUACAUAUCGGAGCUUUGCCACUGAUUCUGAAAAGGAAGGAAUUUCCAGUAACUUGCAACAAACUGAGGAGUGGCUCUAUGAUGAUGGGGAUGAUGAAUCUGAAUAUGUUUAUACCGAAAAAUUAGAUGAUCUGAAGAAGAUGGUGGAUCCAAUUGAAAUUCGAUAUAAAGAGGAAGAGGCCAGGGCGGUGGCCACAAGAGAGCUAUUAAAUUGCAUAGUGGAGUAUCGGAUGGCUGUAGCAUCACUUCCCUCUAGUGAAAGAGAUGCAGUCAUUGGAGAAUGCAAUAAAGCAGAGCAGUGGCUUCGAGAGAAAAGCCAUCAUCAGGAUUCACUGCCCAAGAAUGCAGAUCCAAUACUUUGGUCUGGUGAAAUCAAGAGGAAAUCCGAGGCACUUGAUGCGAUGUAUAAGCAUGUGAUGAGAUCCAGAGAAUCAGAUACGAGAAGUAAAAGAGAUGAUAUGCAAGUUGACUAAUGCACUUUUGAAAAGGAUUUUGAUACCAAGAGCCAAGUAUGAGAAGUAUUCAGAUUGAUUACCAUUUGAUUGGUGUAGAUUUGUUGGGUCAACUCUGCUGGCGGCUAUUUGUUCCACCCAAGAAAUUGUAAGUUCUCUCUCCCAUGGUUUGGGAUAGAUGGCGUGCUAAGUUAUAUCAACUCAAAUGCGAAGAACACACAUAUAUGAUGGUGGUUUCUCCCAUUUUCUAUAGCUGUUUUUCAUGCGGAACUUUCAGCAAGACCCAAACGCUAUUAUACAGAGAUCCAGUUCGAGUGAAACAUUUUUAUCAAUUAAUCUCCACACAUAACAUUUUUAUCAGCUAAAAGCAUUAAAAGUUUUACAACGUCUUUCCUGGUCAAUGGAAUACACUUCAGGGACCAAAAAGAGAUCAAUGCACAAUAGUAAGGUGCCAUGACUUCCUUUUAACCAUCUUACCUUCACUGUGUUCUUGCAGCCUAUAGUCUGUUCUCAUAUACAUCAUUGGUUGAGAUAUGUUGCUUUGAACUGUAUGUAACUUGUCAUCAAAGCAAUAAUAAUUGAUUUUUGUGGUAAUUUCUGUCCCUCUUAUCCCUGAGGGAAGUUUCUAUCUCCGGCCAGUGAGAUCCUGUGAAUUUGUUUAUUUAUUGCACAGCAAUUUUUACU